AUGGAGAAAAUUACGAAGAAAUACCCUUAUCUACGCGGGCUUCCGAUCGAGUCAUAUGAAAAUGCCGAGCCGGGUAUUCUAAUAGGAGCCAAUUGUUGGAAACUUGCGGUGCCUAUCAAAACUCGUGAGGGACACUGGCUUGAGCCGAUCGCCACUAAGUGUCGCUUAGGUUGGACCUUGCAGGGAGGUACUACUAACCACUUUGACUCACAACUAUUGAAUAUUCACAUAUGUGACUGCGAAAAGAAAUACGAAAUCCUACACGAAGAGAUCAAGGAGUACUUCAGCCUAGAGAUGCCGCAAAAAAGAGAGCUCAUGUCCCCACAAGACUGUAGAGCGUUGCAAAUUCUAAAUUCAACGUGUGAAAAAAGAGAGGGCCGCUAUGAAGUGGGGUUGUUGUGGAAGCAUGACGACGCAAAGUUACCAGCUAGUUACGACAACGCCCUUAAACGCUUCAGAUGUAUGCAGAAAAAGUUAGCUAAGGACUCCAAUUUGCAACGUGACAUGCAGAAGCAAAUAGACAACUUAAUUAGCAAAGGUUACGCAAGAAGGUUAACUGCAGACGAAGUAAAUAGAUCAUACGACCACGAGUGGUACCUGCCGAUAUUUAUCACACUAAACCCCAACAAACCCGGCAAGUUGCGCCUUUUGUGGGACGCUGCGGCCAAAUCUGAUGGAGCCGCUCUUAACGAUUUCCUUCUGUGCGGGCCAGAUCUACUCAAUUCGCUAGUCUUCGUAUUACUGGCUUUUAGAACUGGGCAGUUUGCUAUUUGUGGAGACAUUGCCGAAAUGUUCCACCAGAUUCGCGUAAGAGAAAUGGACAUGCACGCUCAGAGGUUCUUGUGGCACGAGAACUGUGAGGAGUUACAUAACCCUCACAUCUACGUUAUGCAAGCGCUUACCUUCGGCAUCAGCUGCGCACCUUGCAUUGCUCACUUUGUUCGAGAUGUAAAUGCAGAGCAAUACAAGCAAACAUCACCGCGAGCGGUAGAAGCAAUACAAAAGCAUCAUUACGUCGAUGACUUCAUCGACAGCGUCGAUACCGAAGAAGAAGCACUGGAACUGGCUCUGCAAGUGAAAGCAAUUCACGAUCAAGCUGGAUUCAACAUUCGUAACUGGGCAUCUAACUCAUCAGCUGUUCUGAGGCAACUUCCCGGGGAGUCCGUCGAAGAUCAAACUCCUAAGGACUUAAGCAAUGCAGAAAAAAUAUUAGGUUUGUUUUGGGAUCCAACUAACGAUGUUUUUAAGUUUAUUUGCAGGUUCUCCAAAAUGAGACGAGACAUCUUGCAAUGUAGCUUGGUCCCAAACAAAAGGGAAGUACUCCAGGUGUUGAUGUCCAUCUUCGACCCUCUCGGGUUUGUGGCACAUUACACCAUAGGUCUUAAAAUACUACUUCAGGAUGUAUGGCGAUCGGCCAUUAACUGGGAUGACCCACUCCCAGGUCCGCUUUACAACAAGUGGUGCCAGUGGAAGACGUUGUUGCCAGCAAUAACCUCUAUUACGAUUCCGCGAUGUUAUUCACAACUUCUAAAAGACUCCGAAUGCAACCAAAUCCACACCUUCGUAGAUGCCGGCGAGUAUGCUUACGCGGCAACUUGCUAUUUGCGAGUGAAAAACAAAAACGAAGUCAACACUAUCAUCGUGGCCGCUAAGUCAAAAGUAGCACCGCUAAAGCCCGUAUCUAUCCCGAGGCUCGAACUACAAGCUGCAGUGACUGGCGUAAGAUUGGCGAACAAUGUGAUGAAGGCACUACAAGUUCCGAUUCAUGCUCGAUUCUGGUGGUCAGACUCAAAGACCGUGCUCAAAUGGCUCCGCAUGGAUCCGAGAAAUUUCAAACAGUAUGUAAUGCAUCGCGUGGGCGAGGUAUUGGAGGCGACCAACGCCACUGACUGGAAUUGGGUUCCCUCAAAACUUAACCCUGCUGACUUGGCAACGAAAUUCAGCCGGCAACAAAGUUCCGAUAUCUGGCUGCACGGGCCGAAAUUCUUAUCUUUCAAUCAAACCGAUUGGCCGAAAUGCGACGACCUCGGACCAGUGGAGCAUACUGAACUCCGACAUUUUACCUUUCAUAUAACCAAAGGCGAAACCACACAACCUUUAAUCGAUGCUGAUAGGUUCUCAAGCUGGCGUCGAUUAUACUUGACGAUGGCGAUGGUAAGAUUGUUCGUAGAAAAACUAAAAUCCAAGAUAAAGAAGGAGCAAAUACCUACCGGCGUAUGUGACAAGAUUAUCCACAGAGCUAAGAGCGCGCACAUAAAAGAGACACAGCAGAGUGAAUAUCGGCAAGAAGUUAUCAACCUCAAAUGCGGUAAGAGUAUUGAAAGCGAUAGCAAACUAAUCUCUUUAAAUGUCUAUUUAAGCGACGAAGGUAUACUCAGAUCACGGGGAAGAGCCGAAAGCUUAAGAACUGGCGACUCUAUAAUCUUACCGACAAACAACUCAAUCACAGCUUUAAUAGUUCGACAUUACCACGAACGAAAUCAUCAUCAAUUUCAUGAAGCAGCCUUGAACUCGAUUCGCGAACAAUAUUAUAUUCCACGCCUACGAGUACUUUACCGCAAAAUACGAAGGUCAUGUCAACGCUGCAAGAACGAUGGCGCUAAGCCAAAUACUCAGCAAAUGGCUCCGCUACCAGCUGCACGUUUGGCAAGCUUUGAGCGUCCCUUCACCUAUGUCGGAAUAGAUUUUUUCGGUCCGAUACAUGUCUCGAUUGGAAGGCGCAGAGAGAAAAGGUGGGGAGUAAUCUUUACUUGUUUGAGCGUCCGUGCAGUUCAUCUGGAGGUCGCACAUAGUCUAGACGUCAGUUCUUGUAUAAUGUGCAUUCUGAACUUUGUGGCACGGCGAGGCAAACCACGCGAGAUUUAUACAGACAACGGCACAAACUUUAAAGCUGCGGAAAAGGCCUUGCGCACAAAUGCUAAUGGUAUCGAAAAGCUAAACAUAAAUUGUGAAGACGUCGUUUGGCGAUUCAACCCACCAGGGGCGCCACAUAUGGGCGGGGCCUGGGAGAGAUUAAUCCGCUCCGUUAAAUCCGUCCUGAAUGCUAUUUGCCCUUCGUACAAAUUUACAGACGAAACGCUCAAAAGUGCCUUAUGUGAAGUGGAGCUUACAAUCAAUUCUAGACCACUCACAUUUGUAUCUCUCGACAGCGCAGACGACGAUGCGCUCACACCAAACCACCUGCUCCUCGGAUCUACCGACGGACACAAAUCAGUCUUCAACGAGGCAUCAAACCUACGACAGCAGUGGCACAAGACACAAGACUUCGCUAACAAGUUCUGGCAACGUUGGCUGCAGGAAUAUACUCCAAUCAUUCAACGUAGAGCCAAAUGGUUCAGCAAGCGGGCAUCAGUCGCAAUCGGAGACGUUGUUGUUGUUGUUGAUGAGACUCUGCCGCGAAUUUAUUGGCCGAAGGGUAUCAUCGUUGAUGUCGUAAAAGCAAAAGAUGAACAGGUGCGACGGGUAACUAUAAAAACGCAAAAGGGUCUAAUGCAAAGGCCCGCAACCAAGGUGGCAGUGUUGGAUGUCACCGGCAAUACUUAA